AUGGCGGAUGAGAGCGAUCAUCCCAGUCCAAAUCAGGACCACGGCAUUGUUAGCGAAACUUCACCAGGCACGGUGACGCAAAACCUCGACGCCACCGAACAACAUCUUGAAAUAGAGGUUGAAGAUGAUCUUGAUUCGGCUUUCCGGGGAAGUGAUCAAAGCAGUACCUCUACAUCACUUGCAUCAAGCGUGUUUAACUAUGUUUACGAGAACGGUAGGAGGUAUCACAAGUACCAUGAAGGAUCAUACGCUCUACCCAAUGAUGAACAAGAACAGGAUCGGUUAGAUAUGUUACAUCAUAUAUUCCGACUGAUCCUCGGGGGAGCACUUUACAAAUCACCCAUCUCCAACCCACGACAGGUUCUAGACAUCGGAACCGGUACUGGAAUUUGGGCGCUCGAUUUCGCGGACGAUCAUCCUGCAUCCGACGUCCUCGGCAAUGACCUGAGCCCCAUUCAACCCUCCUGGACUGCUCCAAAUUGCAGAUUCAUCAUCGACGAUGUCGAAAGUCAAUGGGCUCAGGCGGGUGGGAAGCCAUAUGAUUUCAUCCACCAAAGGAACAUGGUGGGAAGCAUAGGAAACUGGCAACGGCUUUAUCAACAAGCUUACGACAAUCUCGCACCUGGCGGUUGGUAUGAAGCUCAGGAAUUUGAUGUCUGGUUCCAGGGUCAAGCCGAAGAGUUGACGCCAGACAGCUACAUCGUACAGUGGCAAACCAUGCUCGAUGAAGCCAGCUCCAAGUUCGGCAAACAGUUAAACUGCGCCGCCCAGAUGAAAGCCGCGUUUUUGAAGGUCCCAUUCGUGAACGUCCAGCACGAGGUCUACAAAGUGCCGAUCGGCAAAUGGCCCAAGGACCAGAAGCUUCGAGAGAUUGGCAUCUUCCUGCAAGCUCAGAUGAUGGACUCGGUGGAGGGUGUCUCGAUGGCGUACUUCACGCGAGUCCUCGGCUGGAGCAAGGAGGAAACGACCGUCUUCUCGGCCAGGGUCAGACAAGAGUUCAAGAACAACCCGAAAUGUCUGUAUGUUUAUUGCCACUUCUUACGGGGUCAAAAACCAUACUCUCUGCCUGAAUUUCAAAAGGAUUAG